AUGGCACCCUUCCUCGAAACAGUCAAGUCGUUUAAAGAUGUGCCCAUCACCGACGAUGGCGUCAACACUGUCGCAUUCCUCGAAGCUGGCGAUGGUGUCGUCCUCAUGCUUAAGGAGCUCACUGGACUUAUGAGCUCCGUUGGUUCGGGGGCGUUUUCACCCGUCAUCAACGACAUCCAGGGUAACAUCACGAAAGUUCGUGGACGGUUCAAUACGGCUCCCUCACAGUCUGCAACGCUGGAACUGCUGGUGGCCAACGAAAAUAACAACAAAGUGGGAAGCGCAACGGAGGGUCUCAUGUGGCUGCUUCGAUCCCUCGCGUUCACGGGCAGAUCCCUUCAGCACGCACAAAACAACCCAUCAGAAGAUCUCAAAGUCGCCUUCACGAAUGGAUAUGAUAUCACUCUCGGGCCUAUCCACCGUGGCGCUGGAAUCUUCAGCAUACAAGGAGCCAUCAUGAAAGCGGCAGGCUUGAUGUUCAGCACUGCCAUUGGAUAUUGCCCGUCUCGCAAGAACUUCUACGAGAAGCUUGCGGCCAACCCGAAUGGAGAGCCAUGCUCGCAGGAGCUGCUUGACAAACAGCUCAACGAUUGGAUCAUUGGCCUGUUAACCAUUAUCACGAGGAUGAACCAUUUCUACUCAAAGGGGAAGCAUGGAGAGAUAUUCAAGUCUUAA